AUGGUUGAGAAGGAACAAUUGUAUAUAUCUUUUCCCCCAUAUAAUCCACUCGAUAUUACAAAAAUGCCCUCAUAUGCUAAGUUCCUCAAGAAGAUUAUACCUAAUAAGAGGAAGCUUGACGAUUAUAGUAUUGUGGCACUCACUGAAGAGUGUAGUGCCAUAAUACAAAACAAUAUGCCACAUAAGCUUAAAGUUAUAAGGAGUUUUUCCAUUCCCCGUGUAAUUGUAAAAUAUGUCAUAGAUAAAGCUCUUUAUGAUUUAGGAGCUAUCCUAGCUGAUUAUUCAAUCAAGUAUUCUGUUGGUAUUCUGGAAGAUAUUCCAGUUAGGAUAGGCCAGUUGUACAUCCAUAUAGACUUUGUAGUGAUGGACAUUAAGGAGGAAUCAAACAUUCCCAGCUUAUUAGGUAUACCUUUUUUGGCCACCGCUGGUGCAAUUAUUGAUGUGAAACGAGGGAAAAUAACUUUUGAGGUAGGUGGGGUAAAGAUAGAAUUCAUUCUUUGUAAAUUUUUGAAAGAUUAA